UUUUUAAAUUUACAUUCGAAAAUCUUGCAUUUUUUUUUCUUUCUAAAUGGCGCUCGUCCCGGGUCAGCGGGCGUUUUUCUCCGCUUCGAGAUGGGCUUGGCCGGUUCCGUCUUGGGCACCGGUGGUGGCGGCGGCCUGAUUGUCAGUCCUCCCCGGGCAUUUUUAAGGCCAGGAGCCGAGCGCGGCUGCAUGUAGGAGAAUUGCCCUCCACCCACCCACCUCCCCCCCCCUUUUUUUUUCCUUUCUCGCGGCUGCUCGACUUUUCCCGCCCCACGGCCUUGGGUGAUUGUGUUUUUAUUUUCGGGGCUAGGGAGCUCGUCGCGGUGCUGCACGCCGCGGCUCUGGGCAGAGGGGACGCGCGGCGGACGCGGGUCGCUCGGAGGGGGAGAGCCCCAGCGCGGCCCCCGAGUUGUGUGUGUGUGUGUGUGUCCUGUCCCCGCCGGCGCCGGGAAAAUGGAGGCUGUGAUCGAGAAGGAAUGCAGCGCGCUCGGAGGCCUCUUCCAGACCAUCAUCAGCGACAUGAAGGGGAGCUAUCCGGUUUGGGAAGACUUCAUAAACAAAGCAGGGAAGCUCCAAUCCCAGCUUCGGACAACUGUAGUAGCAGCAGCUGCCUUCCUGGAUGCCUUUCAGAAAGUGGCUGACAUGGCGACCAGCACCCGCGGCGGCACCCGGGAGAUCGGCUCUGCGCUGACAAGGAUGUGCAUGAGGCACCGGAGCAUAGAGGCCAAGCUGAGGCAGUUCUCCAGUGCUUUAAUCGAUUGCCUGAUAAACCCACUUCAAGAACAGAUGGAAGAAUGGAAGAAAGUGGCCAACCAGCUGGAUAAAGACCACGCAAAAGAGUACAAGAAAGCGCGCCAGGAGAUAAAAAAGAAGUCGUCGGAUACCCUGAAAUUGCAGAAGAAGGCGAAGAAAGGAAGAGGUGAUAUCCAGCCGCAGUUGGACAGCGCGCUCCAGGACGUGAACGAUAAGUAUCUGCUGCUGGAGGAGACGGAGAAGCAGGCUGUCCGGAAGGCGCUGAUCGAGGAGCGCGGCCGCUUCUGCGCCUUCAUCUCCAUGCUGCGGCCCGUGAUUGAGGAGGAAAUCUCCAUGCUGGGGGAGAUCACACACCUGCAGACCAUCUCGGACGACCUGAAGAGCCUGACGAUGGACCCUCACAAGCUGCCCUCCUCCAGCGAGCAGGUCAUUCUGGACUUGAAAGGUUCCGAUUACAGUUGGUCUUACCAGACGCCUCCUUCUUCCCCCAGCACCACCAUGUCUCGAAAAUCAAGUGUGUGCAGCAGCCUGAACAGUGUCACCAGCAGCGACUCGCGCUCCAGCGGCUCCCACUCGCAUUCCCCCAGCUCGCACUACCGCUACCGCAGCUCCAACCUGGCCCAGCAGGCGCCCGUGCGGCUGUCCAGCGUGUCCUCCCACGACUCGGGCUUCAUAUCGCAGGACGCCUUCCAGUCCAAGUCACCGUCGCCGAUGCCACCCGAGACGCCCAACCAGAACUCGUCCAGCUCGGCCUCUUCUGAAGCCUCUGAAACCUGCCAGUCUGUGAGCGAGUGCAGCUCGCCCACCUCGGUCAGCUCAGGCUCCACCAUGGGCGCCUGGGUGUCCACGGAGAAGUUGUCUAAUGGGUUUUCUCACUGUAGUCUAUCAAGUGAGUCCCAUGUGGGGCCCGUGGGGGCGAGCCUUUUCCCUCCUUGCCUGCCUGCCUCCCGCCUGCUCCCUCGGGUCAGCUCUGCCCACCUUCCAGACUACGCUCAUUAUUACACCAUUGGGCCCGGCAUGUUCCCGUCAUCUCAGAUCCCUAGCUGGAAGGACUGGGCCAAGCCGGGACCUUACGACCAGCCCCUGGUGAACACCCUCCAGCGGCGUAAGGAGAAGCGGGAGGCGGACGCGAGUGGGGGAGGCCCCCCGGCAGCAGGCGGUGGCCCAGCCCCCGGCGAGGAUGCGCAGAGACCCCGGAGCAUGACGGUGUCAGCGGCCGCCAGGCCUGGUGAGGACAUGGAGGCCUGUGAGGAGCUGGCCCUGGCCCUGGCCCGGGGCCUCCAGCUGGACACGCAGAGGAGCAGCCGGGACUCGCUGCAGUGCUCCAGUGGCUAUAGCACGCAGACCACCACCCCGUGCUGCUCCGAGGACACCAUCCCCUCCCAAGUUUCAGAUUAUGAUUAUUUCUCUGUGAGUGGGGAGCAGGAGGCUGAACAGCAGGAGUUUGACAAAUCCUCCACCAUCCCGAGAAACAGUGACAUCAGCCAGUCCUACCGACGGAUGUUCCAGGCCAAGCGCCCAGCCUCCACCGCAGGCCUCCCCACCACCCUCGGACCCACUAUGGUCACACCUGGGGUUGCCACCAUCCGACGGACCCCUUCCACCAAGCCUUCAGUCCGCCGGGGCACCAUCGGAGCCGGUCCCAUCCCUAUCAAGACACCCGUGAUACCUGUCAAGACCCCAACUGUCCCAGACCUCCCUGGGAUGCUGCCUGUUCCCCCGGACGGGCCAGAGGAGCGGGGUGAGCACAGCCCCGAGUCUCCACAGGGGGGUGAGGGCCCCCAGGGUGCCACCAGCAUGCCACCCCCUCUGUGGAGUGGUCACGCCGCCCGCAACCCUCUCCUCCCAGGCCCAAAGCUGAGUAUCCCCGAGGAGCACAGACAGGCGAUUCCAGAAAGCGAGGCCGAGGACCAGGAGAGGGAUCCCUCAAGUGCCAGCGUGUCCCCAGGCCAGAUGCCAGAGGGGGACCCUGCAGAGCUGAGCCCCCGCGAGAGCCCUCAAGGAGAAGACAUGCUGAACGCCAUCCGGAGGGGCGUGAAGCUCAAGAAGACCCUGACCAACGACCGCUCAGCGCCUCGCUUCUUCUAGGUGCUCAGGCUCCCAGGAAACAUGGCCCGGGUGGGGAACGAACCCGUUGAAUUAAUACCGCCUAAUUGGUCUCGAUCCAUUCCAAUCUGUAAUCCAAUUACGAUUUUGUAGGCAACUCAGAAUUCAGCUCUUUUGAAAGUCCGCCACCACAUCUUUAGAUAGGGAAUUGGAAAAGCAAAAGCAGCAUCUAUAAACCAAGACAAACCUUGAUCUUUUCCUUUGUAAAUACUGACAGUUUUUCUUUGUGCACAGUUUAAUCUUAGUUAAUUUUUCCCCCCUUCUGAUUUUUUUUUCUGAAGGUGCCAAAUUCCAUUUAACUUUUUUACAAGUCUUUGUAAGAUUUUAAAUGCAUAAGGGGUUGGGGGGAGGUCGGGGCAGGGGAGCCACAAAGUAGUUAAUUUCAGAAAAAAAAAAGAAAGGUAACUCUACUUGUUUUUCUCUUCUUUUCUGUAAGCUUUUGUAGAUGCACUGUAGGCGUCCGGCUUUGAAGCAAAUUCAAGUUCUUUUAAUGUACAAAUGGACAAGGUUGAAAUCUUCAGAUAAUAUGAUUCUGGAUGAAAGGAGCAGGAGGAGCAGUUGAUAAGCAAUAUUCAGAGCGAAGGAAAGCUGGCAUUGGGAGGGAUUGGGGGGAGGGCCGUGGGAGGGGCACGCUGUCCGCAUAGCCAAUCCUGUUACAUUUAAGAGUAGCCACGUAGCCACGUAGGUUGAAUUCUAAUAGCUUCCUGGUAAAUGCAUCCGAAUAAGCCAUACUGGAUUGCAGUGUUUGUUUCUGUAGGGUGUAAGCACUUCCUUUCUCCCAUGAUCUGGACUGCACACAGUGCCCGCCUCCAGCCCCGUGCAUGUACCCGGAGAACCCUCACCCCACCCCACCCCACGCUUUAGUUUGUGGUAUCCAUCAAAUCUGAGUACAUCCAUCCAAAUGGGUAAGGCAGUUUUUAAAAUGUGAACACACUUACAAAAAAAAAAAAAAAGAUAGCAGGGAAUUCUUAAAAUAUAACAAAUGCCUUUUACUUAACUGUGCCCAGCAGGCUGGGUGCAUUGAAAAGCCCAAAUAUUUUGAAGGAAAAAAAAAAAAAACUCAAGCAAAUAUAACAAAGGUAACCAGCAUGGAGUCUAGCAACUUGCCAAUGUGUUUACCGAUCUGGGAGCUUGUUUUUCUUCUUUUCACUAAGUGGCAGUUAAUUGACUCCAUACUGAACAUUGGAGACGAUUUAUUUAUCAUCACCAGGAAUCUCACAAUACUUACAGUCUUUUUUGUUUGUUUUUUCUUGGUAUUCUAGGCAAUUCUGAAAUGGAUUUGUCUUUUAAGUGAAAACUAAAUUUGUUACAAUGCCCAUCUCCCCUAAAGCCAACAGGUUUGUAGGCUUCUGGGUGCCCCCCACCUGGAGGAGAUGGUCUGUCCAGCAGUCGGAUACCUUGCAAGUUCCUUGACUGACUCAAGAACAGUGUGGCGGGUCCCCAAGGCCCUGCAAAUUGCUGUUGGCUCUGAUCUUCAGUUCCGUCACCUUAUGCUUUAAUACAUAACUGCGUUGGAUGUGAGUAAACGCACCUGUAUAGUCAUUCUCUGUAGUAACACUUAACACGGCUGUGAUCGCUCAAAACCAUUCUAUGUUACGGCUUUAACAGCAAAGGCAUGAUUAUUAGAAACUUAAGCUUUUUUUGGUUUUCCUUUUGAAAAACAAGCUCCUUUUACAAUAUAAGCAACAGUAGUGCCUGUGGUUUAGCCCACCAAUCUUGAUGACUUUGAUGACUAAAAGUAGCUGAUGCAUUGUGCAUAUGAUGCUUGAAAUGGUUUUUUGCAAAAGCAGAAAUCACUGCAAGGUAAUUACAAUAGAUAAAAGUGGUAUUUUAAAACUUUUGCGAUAAAUGGAUGUAACUGUACUUUGGUACAGCUUUUCACUUGUUUAGUUCUUAAACGUUAGUAUAAUCUGAAUAAAUUUAAUAUAAAAUGUUGCCAAAUUCAGUGUAGAAAGAAUGUGACGAGACACCUUGGGUAGUUCUGUUUGUGUUUUUGCAUAUUGUAAAAGCAGUGUCACAGCUGAGAAUAAAGAAAUCCUUUCUAAAGGUAAAUUAUUGUGGUUUAGUUGCUAGUUUGUACUGAGAGUUGACCUCUCCCUGUGCAGUUUUUUGUUCUAAACCUGUAUAAAUAACAGUUGUGUAAUGUGUCUCCCUUCUACCUUGUAACAAUUGCUUCAACCUACAUUAUAAAUAAAGAACCACUAGGAAAAAAA